GUGUACUGUACGGUGUUGGUGGCGGGAUAGUGGAUACACAAGUAGCCGUUCGAAUUAACAGCCCUGGAAAUUAUUCUUGAUUACUGUAGGCUACCGCACGCCCAACUUUCAUCAUGUUGCAGUCAAUAUUUGACGAUGUACGACGUAUGAAUAAGCGCCAGUUUUUAUAUCAACUGCUGAGCUUUGGCAUGAUAGUCUCGUCAGCGUUGAUGAUAUGGAAGGGUCUGAUGGUCGUUACCGGCAGCGAGAGUCCUAUUGUGGUUGUAUUGAGUGGGAGUAUGGAACCUGCGUUUCACAGAGGUGAUUUGCUCUUCCUCACCAAUUAUCAAGACGAACCAGUGAGAGUAGGAGAGAUCGUUGUUUUCAAAGUCGAAGGCAGAGACAUACCUAUUGUACACAGAGUACUUAAACUUCAUGAGAAGGGUGACCAAAAUAAUACGGUCAAGUUUCUCACGAAAGGUGACAACAAUUCUGUAGAUGAUCGAGGUCUGUAUGCACCUGGUCAGCUCUGGUUAACGCACAAGGAUGUGGUUGGCCGAGCGAGAGGCUUCCUACCAUAUGUUGGCAUGGUCACUAUAUACAUGAAUGAAUAUCCUAAAUUUAAGUAUGCAGUAUUAGCAUGUCUUGGAUUGUACGUUUUGGUACACAGAGAAUAAAAUUGUUCGAUAAGUUAAACAUUA